GGAUAUAGAUCUGAGACGUUCUCUGAGACCAUGACCUUGGCAGCUGCUUGUCAAGAGUAACUGAGGCUGACGGAAGUGAGCAGAGGCAGGGGGACUGGCACGGAGGAGGACCGGUUCCUCGGAGGACAAUUGGAACAGGAAGCAAGGAAGGAAAGGUUCUUUCACCCAGAGGACGACUGGCAAACUCACUGGGAUUGUGACAAGACAGCCACACAGUAGCCCCAGAGACCACCCAUUGUAAGAUCGCACACACACACCAACACACACAGCGAGUGGAGCUCUGUUGGGUCCGGAGUAGUAUUUCUUCAAUUGGAGACUCAAGCCAGCAGGAGCAUUGACCCCUCACGCCUUUCAGUAUUUUGGGCUUUUCCUCUCUUUCAUUUUUUUUUUUUGCAAAGGAGAAAAUUCCACACUUGCGAAUUUCACUUCUUCCUUUUUUUCUCAUAAGUUGGCUCUUCCUCCGAGUGAUUCAUUGAUUCCUCGAGGCCACGGUGGAGGAGGACACUUGAAGAGGCAAAAUGAACACCUCCCAGUCCAACACCUCCAUAAAGUGUUCUCGUGACACCAGCGUGACAUCAGUGGUCUUCCCGUGUCUGUACAGUCUCCUCUUUAUCGUGGCUCUGGUUCUUAACUCUCUGGCAGCCUGGACCUUCUUCAGAAUCCCCAGCACCUCCACAUUUGUGGUUUUUCUGAAGAAUGUGGUUGUGGCUGACUUUCUGAUGACGCUGACCAUCCCUGUGAGGAUCUUAAGCGACGCAGGUGUGGCGACGCAGAUACGAGCCUUUCAUUGCCGCUACUCUGCAGUUCUCUUCUACAUCACCAUGUACAUCAGCAUCAUCUUGCUCGGCCUCAUUAGUCUGGACCGCUACCUGAAGAUAGUCAGGCCCUUUGGCAAGAGUGUCCUGCAGCGGGUCCGUGUGGGCCAGAUGAUUAGUGUGACAGUGUGGGCGGUCGUGUUUUCUCUGGCUCUGCCUAACUGCAUUCUCAGUAACCAGCCACCAAAGAUCAUCAAAGGAAAACUGAAGUGCUCCUCAAUGAAGAGCCAACUCGGCCUCUACUGGCAUGAAGGCUUCAACUACUUCGGUCAGGUUAUUUUCUGGUGCACCCUUCUUCUCAUGGUGGUUUGCUACACUUUCAUAAGCAAGAAGGUUUAUGAGUCAUACAAAGCCUCAAAGAGCAGCUCGCAAGCAGCCAACCGCCGAAUCAAAGCAAAGGUGUUUGUGGUCGUGGGAGUGUUUUUCAUCUGCUUUGCCCCAUAUCACUUUGCUCGGGUGCCAUACACUCUGACCCAAACGCGAAAUGCUGUGAGCCACUGUCAAGCACAGAACGCUCUGUACAUUGCAAAGGAAACCACUUUGUGGCUGUCAGCUUCCAAUGUCUGUCUGGACCCGCUCAUCUACGUGUUUCUGUGCGAGGUGUUUAGGAAGCGGUUGAUAGCUGCCCUCAGUCGAAAGGCCCCGCAUAUGAGUGGGACGGAUUCUCACACAGGCACUACAACUCAGUUGGAGUUGACACAGGGAGUCAGCGGGAGACUGCAAGAUUGAGAAAAUACCAUUUCAAAGUCAUGUAUUUUCUGUGGAGGCUGUAAAUAUAAAAACAUACGUGGACUAAAGUGACAUCAAAGAGGAAACCUUGCUGGGGUGAAGGACCCAAAAGUGAUGACUAUUUUUUUGUACAAAGAAAAAAUGUGACGUUCAAACACAUUUCCUCUUGCUGUCACUUUUGACUUCCCCCUCCCUAAUCUUGUUUAAACGGCCCUUUCCCAUCGCAAUGUUUUGUACAAUACCCUGUCACAACAUUCAUCUGCAUCACUAAAAUACUGACUCAUGAAAAAGUUCAGUGUAAAUAUGUUAUCAAGCCGUAUUUAAACAAUGCUGAUAUUUCCAACAUUUUAUGUGUUUUGGUGUAAUUUUGUAGCAAAUAAAAUGCAAAUAUUGGA